UCUUCCCUCUCCCAUUUCUGGCUCUGAUCCCUUCUGCAUCAUCAAGCGAUUCUGCCCCCCUUGAUAAACGCCAUAGAUGAUUUACCUCGCUUGAGUGUGUCGCUCGACAUUAAUCCAGGGAGAUGCCGUGGACUGUGACAAAUUCAUUCAAGCGAGGUCUUAUGAUGAAAACUUACGGGCGUCCACUGUGGCGCGUCUAUGACGAUGACCAAGGACCCGCCGCCAAAAAAAGACGCGUCGCGCUAUCGGGGUCCGAUGAUUCGGACGAGGCGGAGAACAGUAUUCAAUAUGCCAUCCGAGAAUCCUCCGCUGCUGUGCUAUCCAGUCCGUCACGUCGCAAUUCAGUCGUACUCUCCGAAGGCACGCAGGAUGAUGAUUUGUCGACGCCCCCAUCCUCGCCCCCGCCCCGGUUAAGCCCUCCACCCGCCAACACGCGGAAACCAACUUUUGCUUUCCUCAAACGCAAGCACACCGCCACGAAAGAUGCGGCCAGUAACAGUACGCCUUUAACCGAGGUCAACUCCAAUAGCGUGCGUGCCUCGAUGGAUCCUCCGAAGAAGAAGUCGCCGGUGGCGACAACAACAACAACAACAACGACACCGCAGCCGCAACAGCCGAGCGCCUUGAAGCAGAUGCAGAUCGACGUUGGUUGUGAGAUGCGGCGGACCUGUGCGACUUGUGGCAUGGAAUAUGUGCCUUCGAACGCGGAGGACUCGGCUACGCACAAGAAAUUCCAUGAAAUGAAUUCGACUGGGGUGGAUUUGGGUAAGGCGUUCAUGCGCGCCAACGCAUCUCGGUGGGUGUAUGAAGCUACCCGCUUCGACGAAGGGUACGUGGUCAUUGUCGAUCGCAAAGCAUCUCCAACGGCCAAGAACCAGGCGAAGAAAGUGCUCGAGGUUAUUUGCAAGGAGCUUUCCUCCCCCGUCAUCGAAGACGAGAUAUUGUGGAGCCAGACUGAGCCCCCGACACAUUUGCGCACAAACGGCACGACGGAGAAGAUCGAUCGCUACAAGGUGUUUCUGCACAUGAAAGACAGUCGCUGUGUUGGGGCCUGCUUGACCGAGCGCAUCUGGGAAUCCCGACCGAUACAGAAAUCAUCUGCCCCCGCCCCAGGCACCACCGAUUCCUCGAUCACAGUUCGCGAUGAACGUCACCCAGCUAUCGUGGGUAUCUCUCGGAUUUGGACCUCAGAAGCUUCUCGUCACAAGGGUAUCGCUAUGGACUUGUUGGAUUGUGUGGUGAGCAACUUCAUCUACGGCAUGGAGAUUCCCAAGGAACAGAUUGCGUUCAGCCAGCCGACCGCGAGUGGCAAAGGUCUAGCGCAAUCUUUCUUUGGUAACAAUGAAUGGCACGUGUAUGACGAGCAAUGAACUUCCUCGAUCGAACAACGGCCGUGACAUCUGGGGGGGAGGGGAAGAAGCAAGUCCGCCACACUGCUGGAUAGUAGUACCCUUUUCUC